AUGGCAGCAGCACAGGCUGGCCUCUGCAUCGAACGCGGACCCGUGUUCCGCGCCGACCUGUUUGACGUCUCUGGCCAGGACCAGAUCUACGUCUACAUGGUCGCCCACCACCUCUGCGUUGACCUGGUGUCGUGGCGCGUCAUUGUGCAGGACCUGGGCCAGCUCCUUGAGUCAGGCACCCUAGCCCCUGAGCCGCCCAUUUCGUUCAAGUCGUGGUGUGCUCUGCAAUCCGGCCACGCCAAGAACGCCGUCGAGACGCUGCCGUUUACCGAGACUCCCUCCGACAUCAACUACUGGGGAAUCCGUGACCCUCUCACCUACGGCCGGGCCGAGACCGAGGCUUUCCGUCUCGAUGAAGACACGACCCGGCUCGCGCUGGCAGACUGCCACACGGCCUUCAAGUCGGAACCGGUCGACGUGUUUCUCGCCGCCAUUGCCCACGCAUUUGCAGCCACAUUCAGAGAUAGGGCUGUGCCGCCGCUGCACACCGAGAGCCACGGCCGAGAAGCUCCAGCCGGCGAGCCCCUGGACCUGUCUGGCACAGUCGGCUGGUUCACGACAAUCUGUCCUCUGGUUGUCCCCGUCGACACCAACAACGUGCUCGACACUCUACGGCGGACCAAAGACGUGCGACGCAGCAUCCCCGGGAAUGGCAGGCCCUACUUUGCACGCAAAUGGCUCGGCCGUGCUGCUGAGUCGUCCUCCCCGGCCCCGAUGGAGAUCCUGUUCAACUACCUCGGCGGCGGGGUGCAGAGUCUUGAGCACCCAGACUCGCUGCUCCACGAGGUCGACCUGGAUAACAUGAAUGACAAAGGCCAUAAUAUGGCCUCCAAGAUCACGGCAGACACGGCAGACGUCGGCCCCGACACGCUGAGGCUGGCUCUAUUCGAGAUAUCGGCCAUCGUCGUCGACAACCGGCUGCAGUUUACCUUUGUGUACGACAGCAGCCUCGGCCGCGCAGACGCGGUCCGCAGGUGGAUCGGCUGCUGCGAGGACACGCUGGUGAGCAUGGUCCAGCGCUUGGUGCAGCAUCCAGCCGAGCCGACGUUGAGCGACUACCCGCUGUUGCCCCUGACAUAUGACGACCUCGCGGCCCUGACAACAAGCACACUUCCACGCGCCGGCAUUGAUCGCAGCUGCUUCUCCAAUAUCGAAGACAUCUACCCGUGCACGCCAGUGCAGGAGGGCAUGCUGAUCAGCCAGCUGCGCGACUCGAGCGCCUACAUUUUCCACGCUGUCUACAGCGUCACCCCCCGCGACCCCCGUAUCCUGCCCGACGCCAACAGACUCCAGUGUGCGUGGCAAAAGGUAGUCCACCGCCACGCCGCCCUCCGGACCGUCUUCGUCGAGACCACCCGCCACGACGGCGUGUUCGACCAAGUGGUGCUUAAGACGGCCGACUGCGGCGCCGUGCUGCUGCGGAGCAGCGACGACGAAGCGCCGCGCACCCUCGACCAGGUAACGAUGCGAGGAGCAGCCCCCGAGUCCGGACAGCCCCAGCUACCCCACCGCCUCGCCGUGUGCACCACGCACAGCGGCGCGGUGCUCGUCAAGGUCCAAGUCAACCACGCGGCCAUGGACGGCGCCUCGCUGUCCAUCGUCCUGCACGAGCUGGCAGCCGCAUACGCCGGAACCCUCGACGACGGCCCGGGCCCGCUAUACAGCAAGUACGUCGAGUACAUCCGCCAGCAGCCGGCCGGCGCCGACACGGCGUACUGGAUGCGGUGCCUGGACGGGGUGCAGCCGUGCCACUUCCCGAAGCUCAACAGCAACGCCGCCGAGGCGCGAAGCCUGCGGACAACACCGCUGCGCUUCGGGCGCUACGGCGAGCUGCGGCAGCUGUGCGAGGCGCGGCGCGUCACCGUGGCCAACGCCAUGCACGCGGCGUGGGCGCUGGUGCUGCGGCGGUUCACGGGCUGCGAUGACGUGUGCUUCGGCUACCCGGCGGCAGACCGUGACGCGCCUGUCGACGGCAUCGCUGCCGCCGUCGGCCCGCUCAUCAACAUGCUGUGCUGUCGCAUGCGCGUGGCCGGCUACCAAACCCUCGAGGCUGUUGCUGCUGCUGCCCAGGAGCAGCACCUGCAGAGCAUGCCCUUCCAGCGCUGCUCGCUGGCGCGCGUCCAGCACGGUUUGGGCCUGGCAGGCCGCCCGCUUUACAACACGUCCGUUUCGACGCAGACUCACGAAGAGGAGGAAAAUGGGGAGGAGGGAGAUACGAUCUCGUUUGAGAUGGAGGAGGGCUACGACCCCAGCGAGUUCGCCAUCACGGUCAACAUCGAGGCAUCAAAGGCCGGCGAGGGCGUCGUGUUCCGCUACUGGGCCAACCACGUCAGCGACGGCCAGGCCCAGGACGUGGCGCGGUGCAUGGCGCGCGUGCUGGACGCGCUCGUCAGCCGGCCUACGCAGUCGGUGGCCGAGCUGGACCGCGCCCUGGACGGCAAGACGGUCCCGCCGCUCGACACAGCACAGGCACAAGACCACGCCGGGAGUAGCACGCACGAAAGCCCGGCGCAGACGAGCGCGGCCUCGCCGACAGCCGCCUCGUCGACAGCCGUCUCCUUCGGCAGCUCGGUCGAGCAGGACCUCGCCGCCACGCAGUCGUCGCUCGGCACGUCUAUCGACACGACGUCGCCCACCACGCACACGCGUGCCCCGGAGAAGACUACGGUGCCGACGCAAAUGCUGCCGGAAAGGAUCCUCGUCGGCCUAUGGAGCGCGCUGCUAAACUUGCCCGAGGAUUCCAUCGACGGGGCCGACAGCUUCUUCGACCUCGGCGGCGACAGCAUUGUGGCCAUGAAGCUGGUCGGCGACGCGCGCGACCAGGGGCUGGCGCUGAACGUGGCCGACGUGUUCCGCCACCCGACGCUCGACGGCAUGGCGGCGCUUGUCUGCGCUGCCAGUCUCUCGCAGCCGGACAGUCACGCACUCACGCUCUCAACAGGCACCAACAAAGUUGCAACAUCACCAUCCGACGGAGACAAUCCCGAGUCUGACGCGUACGGAGACAGUCCCGCGUCUGACGCGUACGAGCGCUUCUCGCUGCUGGCAGCGCGCAACGUGGGCGCGUUCCUACAGACCAACAUCGCGCCGCAGGUGGGCGUGUUCCGCGGCGGGCUGGCCGACGUGCUGCCAGCAACCGACUUCCAGGCGCUAGCCGUGGCCGGGGCGCUGCUCGACUCGCGGUGGAUGCUGAACCACUUCUUCCUCGACGGCGCCGGAGCCGUCCAGGUCCCCCGCCUGCGGCGCGCGUGCGCUGCCCUCGUGCAGGGCCUCGACAUCCUGCGCACCGUGUUCGUGCCCGAGGGCGGCCGCUUCCUGCAGGUGGUGCUGCGCGCGGUGCGGCCGGCGUUCGACGUCGUCGACACUGACGAACCGCUCGAUGCAGCAACAGCCACGCUGGCCCGCCGCGCUGGCCCGGGGCUCGGCGAGCCGUUUGUCGCAUUCACGCUGCUCAAGCACCGUACUAGCGGGCGCCACCGCCUCGCCAUCCGGCUGUCGCACGCGCAGUACGACGGCGUGUGCUUCCCGCACAUCCUGGCGGCGCUGCAAGCCGCCUACCGUGGCGACCAACUGCCGCCGCCGCCGACGUUCGCCAACUACCUGCGCGCGUCGGCCGGCGCCCUGACGUCGGCGCACUACCAGCACUGGUCGCAGCUGCUGGCCGGCGCGGACAUGACGGAGCUUGUGCGCCGCCGCCGCGCGCCCAGCUACUACCGCAGGCACCACCACGACAAGCGGACCGCGCACCUCAAGCACACCGUCCGCCUGCCGCCCGUCCCGGACAUCACGACCGCGACCGUCGUCAAGGCCGCCUGGGCAUACACGCUCGCGCACCUGACCGGCCGCCGCGACGUCGUGUUCGGGCACACCAUCAGCGGGCGCAACGACGCGGCGGCCGUGCCGGGCGUCGCAAACAUGGUCGGGCCGUGCGUCAACCUGGUCCCCGUGCGCGUGCGCUUCGACGCCUCGUCUUCCUCCUCUCAGCCACUAACGGCAGCAAGCCUGCUACACCAAGUGCAAGCCCAGCAGCUGGCCAACAUGGCGCAUGAGGUGCUCGGGUUCCGCGACAUCGUGCGCAACUGCACGGCGUGGCCGGCGUGGACGUACUUUGCGACGGCCGUGCAGCACCAGAACGCCGGCGCCGGCGGGACGGCCUUUGCGCAGGACGUGCUGCUGGGCGAUGUGCCGUACCGCGUCGGCUGUGCCGCGCCGGCCCACGAUGAUUUUGCCGACUUGUCGGUCUUUUCGCAGCGCGCGCAAAGUCAAGAAGGGAACGGGGAGCAUGUGUACGACAUCUCGCUUGGUUUUACCGAGGGCGGCGCUGUGCCGCGUGAGUUUGCUGCGCGCGCGCUGGACCUGCUCUGCGAUGCCGCGGAACGCUUUGCAAGAACCCCUGGCGCGCCGCUGGCGUUCCCUGGUGCGGGCAACGAGCCGGCGCAGGUCCCGUUCGACGACGACGUUGUGGCGCCUGUCGCUGCCAUGGGCGUGAGCGAGGCAGAGGCGGCGAGCGAGGCAGAGGCGGCGAGCGAGGCAGAGGCAGUGCUCGAGCGCCUCGACGCUGACCGGCAGCGUAGCCUGUGCGGUGUGGUCAGCAGCGCGUGGCGCCAGGUGUUGAUGAUGCCCGGCUCGGAAGAUCUCGACGCCGGCGCCUCGUUCUUCGACCUCGGCGGCGACAUAGUCGCGCUAGCCCAGCUCGUGUGGCUGCUCCGCCAGGGCGACGAAGUUCCCCCCCCGCGCCUGGAGGAUUUGAUUGACUACCCCACAGUCCGCGGCCACAUGGCGCUGCUCGCCGCUGCUGCGCCAGCUGCUGUUGAGGUGAUUGGGCUGGUGGGAGGGGAGGAAAAGGGGGCCGCCCAGGUCGGGACUGUCAGCAGGGUUGACUCGUCGCUGGCCAAGGCGGUCAGGCUGGCCAAGCGCUUAGCUGUGGGCAAGCGCAAGAGUGCCGCUGCGUGUGCGUGA